AAUAAUAGAAUCUGCAAUUAUCCUAACAAAAGAUAAGAGGAAAAAGUAAUUGUUUGCCCUUCAUCAUUAUCUUUAAGUUGAUAUCUAUUAUUUGGUAAACAAUAAAAUAAUCAGUUUAAUAAUUUUUAUCAUAUUUACAGAGUUCAGAAACAUUGCAUGUAGGCUUUCCAAAAAUACUACAUUAAAAAAGGCCCCAUGAAGGAUAAACCUAAAGAGGAGGAGGCCUUGAAAGAUGAACAGAAAAAGGAAGGGUACAGGGAGGAUAAACAAAAAGAGGAAGACAACAUGGAAAAUAAAUGUAAAGGUGAAAACAAAGAGGAGACCCACAUGAAAGAUGAACUCAAAGAGGAGGCCCGAAUGAAAGAUGAACACAAAGUGGAGGCCCACAUUAAAGAUGAACACAAAGAGGAGGCCCACAUUAAAGAUGAACUCAAAGAGGAGGCACUUAUGAAACAUAAACUCAAAGAGGAGGCCCACAUGAAACACAAACUCAAAGAGAAGACCCACAUAAAAGAUGAACUCAAAGAGGAAGCCCACAUAAAAGAUGAACACAAAGAGGAGGUCCACAUAGAAGAUGAACACAAAGAGGAGGCCCACAUAAAAGAUGAACAUAAAGAGGAGGCCCAAAUAAAAGAUGAACACAAAGAGGAGGCCCACAUAAAAGAUGAACACAAAGAGGAGGCACACAUAAAAGAUGAACACAAAGAGGAGACCCUCAUAAAAUAUAAACACAAAGCAGAGGCCCACAUUUAUGAAAACAAAGAUAUAGACGAUCUCAAAACUGAACACAAAGCGGAAGUGUGGAUGAAUGAUGUAGACAUUUUAUUGGCCUCUAAAUGCCAAUGUGAAUUAAAAAUGGGUAUUCUAGACUCAAGCGAGCCUCCUAAAUGGCCUUUCCAUGGAUUAGAAAAGCUGUAUGACGAGAAAUUCAAAAUCCAUUAUAACAACAAAAACUGGACAGUCCCAGAUCUAGGGACACACAAAUUGGAAGAAUUCUACAAUCUACCAGUAAACAAGGGUAAAAAUGUGGUAUCUAUGCCAGUUGGUGGACCAUUAUCUGAAUAUAUUCAUAAUGGAGAAAAGGUCAAAGCUAAUGAUCAUCAAGAAUUUUUCUUUUCACAGCUGAAGGAUGUAGCCGAGAAAACUGAAGAAAAGGCAGUCCUCAUGCAUAAAUUUGAUUUUAAUGUUUUCCUCAGACAUUCAGUAGGAACAGAUGUAUCUACUUCAUUUGCUGAAUAUCUCUGUGUUGAUGAGCACAUCGAACAUUUUAGAUCCGUUCAGAUGAAUUUCCAAAGUGUGACAAGCCCAUCCUUUCAUACAAUUCUAGCGGAUCCUCAAGAAGACAUUAUGGAUGCCUUCAUUGGUAUAUUAAAAGUGUGUGGUGCUGAGGGCAAUGCUGAUUGGACUAAAAAACAAAUGGUGAAAGCCAUAACACAUCAUUUGUUUCGGAUAGAAAACGUUUUGAUUUUUUCUGAGAAAAAAGUAAUUUUCUUGUUUCACAUCUCCAAAAGUAUUACCAAUAAGUAUUAUAGGCCAGCGAGAAGAUUUCUUCUUUCAGCUACACAUAGACUUCAUCAGGGUUUUCAUGAGGUUCUUCAAGAUUGGACAGUUGUAUCAUCCUUGUAUUUCCCAAUUGAUGAAAAUAUGACUUCAGUUGAACAAUCGAACAAAUAUUCAAUAUUCAACAAAGCAUGCAACUCCUGCAAACCAUUUUUACUGGACAAAAAUAAGGAGAGGCUCUCAUUCCUGAUAAACAGUGUUCUCAGCAGUAAACCUACACACACAGAAGACAAUAGAAAUGGGAUCAUGAAUCUUCUGGUAGGGCUGACAUUUUAUUAUGACAGCAUAUUCUUUAAAGACAUAAGUGCUGAAUUGAAUAUGAAACCUGAAUCAAGCUCUGUUGCAACAGACAGACCUUUAAUACUUGAUGCCACAGAAUGUUCAUGUCAGCUAAAACUUGGUAUAUCAAGUCCUCUAUCUAAUCUAAAAGAUACUGUUACCAUAGAUCCUUUGUAUUUAAGUCUUGAAGAUGUCUCUGUUGCCUAUUUUAAAAAUUCAAUCAUUGGAGUUAAAUUUCCUAACCUCAUGGAACUGAUUGCUGACGAAACUACUGCAACACAUUUGGACGCAUUUGACAAGGAGGUCAUAGCAAUUCCAGUAGAUCAUGAACCCUAUCAAACUGAAUCUAAACCUGAAUUGGAACCUAAAUCUAAACCUAAAUCAGAGCAAGAAAAGGAAGAUGGCCCAAUUGUAGCAUUCUAUGGAGAAGAUUUGGUUUAUGGAAAAACUGUUUCAGUUCUGAAGAAUCUGGAUAAACCAGCAUUUGCUAUAAAAUGCUACCAUACAAGUUAUUAUCUUGCUCCACUGAAGGAACAAGCUGAGACGGAAAGAGUAACUAACUGCAGUAACAAAAAUAAAAACCAGUUAAAAGUGAAUCUUGAUAAACUAAAGAUGUAUGAACCUCUGAACAAAAAGGAACUCCUAGUUUGUUCACUUUUUGAAUUAGACCUGCGUCAAAAGGAACAAUAUACAAGACUUCUUAAGCAGAAAUGUAAUGGUGAACCAGAAGAGGAGAUUGAGACACCAUAUGAAUUUUGUCAAAUUUUUGGAAAGGACGCAGAAAUUAAGAAGCAUGAUUUCGAUAAAAGACAUUUAUCUGAGGUUGUUGAGUACAAACUUUACAAAUUUAGGCUGCAGCAGUUGUUUAGGGAAGUUGAUUCACUGUUUAUACUUCCAGGGGAAAAGCUUAUUCUAGAGAUUGAAACUAAAACUUCUAAAAAGGAGGCUAACUUUCAAUCUCAACUGAAGAGAGCUUCUCAGAAAACUGAAAUUACUUUGAAGUUUCUUAAGUCUGCACAUGGAGACAUACUGUCUGAGGGUUGGAAAUAUGUCAAAGCCAUUUCAUUUCCAAGAAUCAAGGACAUUCAAGAAAAACAGAACUUAGAAAAGAUCAAGAAGAUCAAAAGUUGUUCCUACUGCAUGCAGUUUAUUCUGGAUAGCAGUCAGCUGCAGAACCUAAGCAGAUGGAUAACAGGACUUCAAAACUGUGUUCCUCAGAAAUUUCCUGUUGGCCAUGAGUACAAAAACCUUGUUAUUCGAUUUCUUGGAUUUCUGGCAUUAAAGAAGUUCCCAGCAACCAGUUUCUGUCUUGAACACAAUCGUAAAAUGAAUGAGAAAGUAAUGAUUGGAAGUCAAUUUGGAUUAACUAAUGAAAACUUUAUCCCGGCUGAAUCCAUACCAACUUAUUUAUUGUGGAGCAAAGAUCAGCUAAAUGUGAUACAAUCUCAGGAAACCCAUGUUGUUCUCAAUGGAGAUUAUGGGAGCGGUAAAACAUUCAUCUUGAAGGGAAAAUCUCAGCAGCUGCUUUGCGAAGAACUAAAUUCAGGCAAAUUGAAAAGAAAAGUUCUGUUUAUUUCUCUCACUGCAGCAGAUUCAGGAAACUUUAAAGAUACUUGGAGAGAAGAGAAGAUUUUUGAUAUAUGCAACAAACUGGAAGAAAACCCAGACAUAAAGGUAUUUGGAUUGUCUGACCUGGUUAAUGUGUAUGAUGAUAAGUUUGGACAGGUUGAAAAGUCGACUUUGAAUGAUCUUGUCUCUCAUACCAUCUCAAAUUAUCCUGACCAUCAUGUUUUUAUUGACGAAAUUCCAACAAAGUCAAACAAUGACAAAGGCUCCGUAUUCAUUGCAUUUAAACCACAAGGGAUAGAAAGAAGAAAGAAUGUGGAUGAUUUCAGCUCAG